UAGAAUGUAAACCGGUGCAGCGGAGGUUAUUUUAGUUUUUACGACUUACCAUUAUUUAAAUAUUACCAUGUAAACGUGAAAUAAUUAUACUUCGUGUCAUGUUAAUGGUGUAACGAUUAAUUGAUUGUUACUUGCAGUGAAUAUCUGCGAAGGGACUCUGUCAAAAUGACAUCAUUUUUAACUGAGGUGCUGAUCACAGCAGGAAAGAUAGAAAAAAAUAAUUUGAGCGAGAAAAUAGCAGAAAUACAGAAGGAAAUAACGAAAUUAAAAUAUGAUGUCAAAGAUUUUAUGGAUGAUAAUUAUGUCGAAUUCACGGCGAAACUCACGAGAGAUCAGCACUUGGUAUCGAAAGGUGAAAAAUUACUCGAUGAGAUGAACGAGUUGCAGAAAAGGAUAGAUCAUCAGGUUAAAAUGGAGUUAUCCAGCUCCACCAAAGAAUUAGAAACCUUUUCGCAAGCGCUAAAAGAAUCAAACAUGAUGCUGCAACUUUCUAAUCAACUUGUAACUCUACACGAAUGUAUUAAAUCCAUAAAAAGUUAUCAAGAAGAAAAACGAUAUGUAGACGCCGCUAAGGCAUUGCGUCGCACACAAAGCAUCCUGCACAAUCCGCAAACUGAUUUACGCGAUCUCGAUAUUUACACAGCGAUCGAGGAAGAACAUUUAAAUUUAUAUACUUCCUUUUUAUCCGAUAUGUCGCUACUAUUGCACGAACGAAUUUGUUGGACCGGUAUCUAUGAUAAAGACGCAAAAAUCAUCACGUUGAGCGUGAAAAAUGAAUUUGACGAUAUACAAGAUAUAAUGCAGGGCUUGCAUCACAUCGAUAACCUCUCCAGUGAUUUGCACUCGUUCGCGAUGAUGCUCAUGGAUUAUGUAAUUAGCCCGAUUAUUAACGACGAUUGUUCCGUGUACGUUGCCGAGGAGAAAGUCUUCACCGUUGAAAUAUUAGUCAGAAAGAAAUCACCUGGUUACAAAUGCGUCCUUUACAAUUUAGAACUGCUGUUCAAGUUUCUUCAUCAGCAUUUUAAUUUCACGAUAUACGAUGACGAAACGUUCCUGAAACAGAUACAGCCACAUUUGCUGGGACGAUUGUCGAAGUCGUUAACGGCUGAUUGCAUUUCGCGAAUUACACCAAUGUCGAGCGCCGAUCUGAAAAAUUUUACGCCAAUCGUUCAAGCGAUCGAUGAUUUUCAAUAUUUCUUGGUCAAAAUUGGUUUUAUCACAAACGAUGAACUUUUCUUGUCUGAAUAUACGAAAAAUAUAGACAAAGUGUUUAUUAAAAAAAUUUGUCAAGAUUUGCUAGCAAAAGCAAGAAGCAUCAUGAAAAAAGAUUUGCACGAUUGCAUUACUUAUGAGCCACAGGAAGCACUUAAAUUUCCAGAAGAGGCGAAUGAAUGUAGCGAAAUGCAGAUAGAUAAGAAAUUAAACGAGAAUACAUUUCAACUCCCUAAAUGUCAGAUAAGCAAAAGUGCAAAAGAAACACUAAAUCUGGCAAGAAACAUUUUAGACGAAGCAUGCAAUAGUUCAGAUUCUUGCGCAGUUCAAUUAUUUUAUACAUGUAGAAAUGUUUUUGAAAUGUAUGCAGGAUUGGUACCUGAACAUCAUCGAAAAUUUUUAGAAACGAUACCGCAACAAGUUGCUGUGUUUCAUAAUAAUUGCAUGUAUCUCGCGCAUCAUCUUCUCACAUUGGCACACGAAUAUAGAGAUAACUUGCCGGAAUCCUUACAGAAUCUUAAUUUAACUUUCGCUGAUCAAGUAUUAGUAUUACGUGGUAUCGGAUCAUCGUGGUUCUUAGAACACAUGAAAUACCAACGAAAUAUCAUUUUUGAUAUUCUCAAAGAGUCCGGUUUAUCAGCAUUGGGUCAAAUAUCUGAAUUACAUCCUAGCACUGAACGCGCAAUAAGACAGUGCAUUAGACAAUUAGAAUUAUUAAAAACAGUUUGGGUAGAUGUGUUACCUGUAAAUAUUUAUUGCAGGGCUGUAGGAUGCAUUAUGAAUUCCAUGGUUGAAGACUUAGUAAUUAGAGUGAUAUCUGUCGAAGACAUUCCCGCUGAUGUUGCAACCGACUUAGUAACAUUAUUUAAUAUGAUUGUUAAACGUGCACCGCAAAUAUUUCCGGAUCCUCAGAAGAUCCAUCAACACGUUAAAAAAUGGGCAAAAUUUUUAGAAUUGAUUCAAGUAUUGGGUGCAUCGUUGAAAGAAAUCGAAUUUAGGUGGGGCGGCGGUAAAGGACCACUCGCGCGAGAAUUUACAGCACCACAAGUUAAACAAUUAAUUAGAGCACUAUUUCAAAAUACCGAACGGAGGUCCAAUUUAUUAGCUUCUAUAAAAUAAUGUUCAAUUUUGAAGAUAUGUAUGUAAGAAAUAAACCAUUUGCAUUUAUUAUUUCUUACGAUGAAUUAUUAUAAUUAAUAUUAACA